AUGGGUGCAAUGUCUAUUCGCAGGAGUCUAUCACCUUUACAUGCUGAAUGUGAAGCGUUGAUAUGGGCGAUGGAGUGCAUGAAGACCCUACAAAUCUCAGAGGUGGUGUUUGCAACAGACUGUUCUCAAUUGGUGAAGAUGGUGUCUACACCGACAGAACGGCCGGCGUUCACUACACACAUGGAGGAGUUUCUGCGAUGUAAGGAAUUCUUUCUCAACUUUACUAUCCAGCAUAUACCAAGGGCGCAAAAUACUCUGGCGGACAAGCUGGCACGAGGUGCUAGAACUUCGCCAUCUGCUAUGGUUUAUGUUGACUCAGUUCCUCCGAGGUGGCUCUCGGAUCAGGAAUCUUCUUAG